GUGGCACUGGAAAAGAGGAGGUUAUAAAAUACUCAGCAGGAUAGAUCAAGAAAAUCAUUUCGUUAAAGAACGUCAACCAGUGCGGAUUGUGAACCGUUGGCUCGCGUACGUGUCUGUGUGUGUUUGUGUAGGAUAGAAAUUUAGCUAAAAGUUGCGUAAAGUGAAGCUUGUUGUAGUAAUUUGUUGCACGAGAAGUGAAAAUCUUUCCCCCAAGCGGAUACAGGAUAACGGAAUGCGGUUUCAGAAGACGUGGUUGCUAGUGGCCGGCCUAGCCGUCCUACUGGCAUGCUCGGCGGAGGCCCAGCAGCAGCGUAGACUUCGGGUACGCCCCCGAGUGCUCCAGCAAGACCCUCAACAGUCGAGUGCCGAGCUGGACGUGGAAGAUGACAAUCGAGCUCAGCAGGCGGUGCAGUACUACCGGGCGCAAGCCCGCGAAGAUGACGAAGAUCCCCGCCAGUUGGUGCUGGUGGCCAGCGAGGACGAAUAUAACGGUCAGUACGGUACCCCGGCUCCGAGGGCCCGUGCAGAUACUUACCGACCGGCAGUGAAGGUCACGACCGCCGCUCCAUUGUCUCCCCGUCAUAAGGUUCAGGAGGCGCGUCCGCCACCGGUGCAAACCAUUCGCAACUACAAUAAAGUAAACGAUGAUGGUUCAUUUACCUUUGGCUACGAAGAUGCCGAUGGAUCGUUCAAGGAGGAAACCCGAGGUACGGAUUGUGUGGUACGAGGAAAGUACGGUUACAUCGAUCCGGACGGUAACAAACGUGAGUUCACUUACGUGUCGGGAAAUCCAUGUGAUCCUAACAACCCCGAGGGUAGUGAAGAAGAGGAAGAGAAAUCUGAGGAAGAGUCAAACGAAAACGUGCCCCAGAACUACCCCAGAAGACCAUCGGCUCCACGACCAGUUCCAACGCGUCCCGCUCACACAACGCCUCGUCCAACUACGACCGUCUUCCAGAACACCUACAACUCAGGCUACAAUCAGGAAGAAUCCGAAGAAGAAGUCCAAAUUGGUCAGCGCGUGCGUCCAGCAGCUCGACCAUUCGCCAGCCAGCAACCUCAGACGGUUACGCAGCGUCCACGAGUGCAGGUCGUAAGCACAACCCCCAACAUGGUCUACCACACACCAACCCAAUCAGUCCCGGUGAACAUCACCCCCAAAACCGUCUACCGACUAGCCCCUCAGAACACCCUCCAAACCCAACCUCCACCAACAACCUAUCGGCCAGACACGACCACCCCCGUCAGUGGUUUCUUUUCGACCACCAAGAAUACCGGCCUCCUCGGUGGAACCCGUGGUCCGCUAGACUUCGACGCCGAGUUCAAGAAAUUCCAGCAUGAAAGCAAGAUCCCCUCGACCACUCCAUCCAAACCGAUUGGAUCCUCCACCACCAAGCAGGUCACCAACAACCCCAUCUAUCAAACCCAGCUGGUGUUCGAUCCACAAACUGGCCAGUACGAUACCGCACUGUACCAGCAGCUCCCACAAAGUGACGGUGACUUCCAGCUGAAUCACCGCAUCCAACCAUACGUCCAUCAUCCCCAGCACCACCAGCAGCCGCAGCUGGUCAGCCUGCAGCAUCUGCAGCAGCAGAGUCCACUGUACCGUCAGCAGCCGCAACCCGCUCCAGCCCAGGUUCAAAUCCCCCAACAGAUCUACCAGAAGCAGCAGAACGAACUGCAGUUCCUGAACAGCCAGCAGCUGUUCGCACAGCAGCUCGAACUGCAGCAAAACCAGCUCCGUGCGGAUCGGUUGGAAGCUGCCAAGAAGGUCCAAAACCCUCAGCAUCGCUUCCAAGCUUCCACUCCCCAAAUCCAACGCGUUCCGCAACCCCAGCAGCAGUACUACUUCGUUCAACCGCAGGGUCACUCCAGUGGACAGAUUGACGCUUUUCUGAGGGGUCACAACAUCGAAUACUAGUUCGCGCAUCCAAUCGCUCGCUCCCUCUCAGUCUAAGUCCCCUUUCUAGAGCUAGAGUUUUGUGUUUUGUCUAGUUUUGUAGUCUGCGAAGCAAAGCCAUCUACAGUUUUUUUGCGUAUCAUGUUAAGAUUUAAUUUAAUGUUGAACUCCCCUCUCCCCCCUGUCCCAUGAUUCCGGUUCCCUAGUUAAGUCCCCCGUGACCCCUCAUUCAGCGUCAGCUCUGUCAAAUCCAUCAAAUCGGUUAUAAGACUUAAGAUAUCUACCCAUAGAAGUGUAACAGUAAGAAACUGCUGUGCCCAUCUACGCAUCCAGCAUUGCUCAUCCACGAGUUCGUACCGUACCGAAAACGAAAGCUAAAAGCAAAAAAAAACACGUUUCUAGUUGUAAGCAAAUGAUGAUAACACUGUAAAUAAAAAAAAAGUAGCAUUUUUAUUUCCGUGCCCCGUGCCCGUUUCGAAAAGUUUUAGGAAUCAGUGCAGAACAUCGCCCCACGGUCCCAGUUGUGUGACAGUUUAGCCACGCUGUCAGUUGUCUAACUCGGGAUGGAACGAAAUUAUGAAUUGUGAAAAUUACUGAAGAAGAAUGAAGAGAAAAAUGCUCAAGCAUUAAACGGCGUUUUAUCCGGAUAGUAGAAGAGAACAUGGAGGAAAAAUAAGAAGAAAAAACUGUUUAUGGUGAACAGUACGUUUGCGAGUGUAGAAUUGUUCUUUCUCUCUCUCAAUCUCUUUUACUCUUGUUUAGGAUUAUACACACCGUUUAGCUUACGGAACCAGUUAUAAGUAAGCCCAAUAUGGAAUCGAGUUAAUAAAAAUUAAAUGUUGGAUAAUAA